CUUUUGAGAGCCACCUAAUCCAUCCCCCUGCACUUCCCUUACUUCAAUCUCCUGCUAGGCGCACACACACCCUCCUUCGAAUCUCUAACCGCCCUCAUCACUUUCAUCAAUGGCCGCCGUGUCCCAAACACCCACCUCACCUCCCCCACAAUCACUCACGAGCCGCGGUCGUCGCCCCGCGCUGAUACCUCACAAUGCGGAUCUGUCAGUCUCGCUAUCCGCUGCCUCCGCCGCGCUAGGAAUGGCAUCGUAUUCGCCAAACCGCGAGAGGCAGCGAUCGGGCGGUGUCUUGUGGGUGGUCCCCGGAUCUGCGCCGCCCCUGCCUCCACCGCCCCAGUGGGACCCGCAACAAUCACGAGGGACGGGGGGCACUGCUGAAUGGGAUCAGGACGCCAUGGAUGUCGAUGAUGAUGAUGACGAUGAGAGGAUGGAGAGGGAGCUGAUUAGAGGCCUCGUCGCAAAGGAUGUCUUCUCUUGGGUAAAUUCCACCGAUGCGGAAAACAAUCAGGCGUACAGUGUUGCGUCCCGUAGCGGUGGGAAAAGCACUUGCGCCUCCUCGGGUCCCGAUACUGCUCCUACUUCACCGCUAAGCGGGAACUUUCCAGAGCAAUUGGAAUUCCGAAGAAGGAGGUUGGAAGAGGCUGCCCGCGAAAGUGCCGGCAGGAAAUAGAAUCACAUGUUUAUCCGUGAACAAUUGUUUGCCGGCUAUCUAUCGAUUGGGAAGGCCCAUGAGGGUCAUGACUGAUGCAUUUUUUUAUAUGAUGAUUAUGAUAAGAUGAAAAAAAUGGUUCGGGGGCAUAUAUUUAUUACUUUUUUAUUUUCUAUUUCUUUCUACCUUAUUGCAUUGAACUAAUAACUCCCUUAUGCCACCUUUUCUCUUUCUGCUUUUCUU